GCUAAAUUCUCGGUGUAUGUCUUUGCUUUUACUUUCCUCGUUCAAGGAGAGGACCAAAAAUUUAUUGCAGAAGAGUCGCACAUGAAUCUCACUCAAGCUUCUCUCUCUCUCUCUCCUUUUUCCUCCAGACCACCUCAGAAUCAUCAGCUAUAAUACGACUCGUAUGCAAGAAGACACUGCUUCUUCCUCUUGCCCUAAAUUAAGCCACACCUAACUAGGGUUUCUUUCCCUUCCUGUUACCUCUUUUACACAGAGUAGUACUGAGAAAGAUCAUUUUAACAUUUAAGUCACUUGUUGUUUUUUCUUUAAUCUUUUGCUUUGGUCUUUUAGUUUAGUUCUGUUCUUCUUGGUCUGUUUCUAUAUUUUGUCGGCUUGUGUAACCGAUCACACCUUAAUGCUUUAGCUAUAAUUGGUUCCUCAAAAUCCUGAGUUUUGACUUCUCGAUCUGAGUUUUUCUUCUUUUUCUUUUUUUUUUCUCUCUUCACCUCCCAAAUAUAUGAAGCAAGAAAGAUCAAGAAUCAAGAAAUUGAUUUGAGCUGGCGAAUAAGCAGUGGUGGGAGAGAGAUUUAGUAGAUGCGGCGGCGAUGGAAGGCGGUUACGAGCAAGGCGGUGGAGCUUCUAGAUACUUCCAUAACCUCUUCAGACCUGAGAUUCACCACCAACAGCUUCAAACGCACGGUGGAAUCAAUCUUAUUGACCAGCAUCACCACCAUCAGCAUCAGCAACAACAUCAGCAUCAACAACAACAAGAGCAACCGUCCGAUGAUUCCAGAGAAUCUGAACACUCAAACAAGGAUCAUCAUCAACAGGGUCGACCCGAUUCGGACCCGAAUACAUCAAGCUCAACACCAGGGAAACGUCCACGUGGACGUCCACCGGGAUCUAAGAACAAAGCAAAGCCACCGAUCAUUGUAACGCGCGACAGCCCCAACUCGCUUAGAUCUCACGUCCUUGAAGUAUCCCCCGGAGCUGACAUAGUUGAGAGUGUUUCCACUUACGCUAGGCGGAGAGGGAGAGGCGUCUCCGUUUUAGGAGGGAACGGCACCGUUUCUAACGUCACUCUCCGUCAGCCAGUCACUCCUGGAAAUGGUGGUGGUGUUCCCGGAGGAGGAGGAGGAGGAGGAGUUGUGACUCUACAUGGAAGGUUUGAGAUUCUUUCACUAACGGGAACUGUUUUGCCACCUCCUGCACCGCCUGGUGCUGGUGGUUUGUCAAUAUUUCUAGCCGGUGGGCAAGGUCAGGUGGUCGGAGGAAGCGUGGUGGCUCCCCUUAUUGCAUCAGCUCCAGUGAUACUAAUGGCUGCUUCGUUCUCAAAUGCGGUUUUCGAGAGACUACCAAUUGAAGAGGAGGAAGAAGAAGGGGGCGGUGGUGGCGGAGGAGGAGGAGGAGGUCCACCGCAGAUACAGCAAGCUCCGUCAGCAUCUCCACCGUCAGGAGUGACCGGUCAGGGACAGUUAGGAGGUAAUGUGGGUGGUUAUGGGUUUUCUGGUGAUCCUCAUUUGCUUGGAUGGGGAGCUGGAACACCUUCAAGACCACCUUUUUAAACUUGAAUUUUUAAUGUCCGGAAAAUUUAUGUGUUUUUUCAUCAUCUUGUGGAGUCGUCUUCUCUUUUGGGAUCUUUGGUGUUUAAUGUUUAGCUGAUAUGCAUAUUUGAUUUCUCCUAUUUUUCUUUUCUUCUCAUCUUUCUUGGAUAGAUGUUAGAGAGAAAUGCAUAUUUUGUCGCUCGUGCUCUUAGUAAAACUUCUCCAGUCUCCAUG